AUGAUGUCGGUUACGGGGUGGUUUCCUGCUUAUGUUAAAUUUGCCCCUGAACUUGAUAGGUUGGCGGCGAAACCCUUUUACAACCAAAGAAACACAAAUUGUUCACCACAAAUGUCCUUCCAACGCAACAGUUUGAAGAGAUGCUAUUGCAAAAAGAAAGAGCAAGACACACAGUUUUUAUCAGAUAGUCCAUGGGAUAGUGGGGAUGUAUGGGCCAAUCUUGCUCUCUAUCUUUUCACUCUUCAUAUUCCUCUCAGUUUUGGAGGCUUAUCCGUUGUUUCAUUGCUCACAGGACAACAACCUCUUCUUCACCCACAAACUCAGGCCAUAUCACUUGUUACCAUCCAAGUUCUUGAGUUUAAUGCAGCUCUGGUUUUAUUCAAGUACACAGCUAAGCCACAAUAUAAAUUUUCAAAUUUCUUCAAAAAUAACGCCAGGAACUGGUUUUUUUCAUCAGCUCUUGGAUUUGGGUUUCUUGUUCUUCUCAUUUGUUUAACAUCGCUACUUGGUGACAGAUUAUUUGACUUUAAGGCCACAAACCAACAGGGUAAAGAAUUUGUGAAUUGUGAUGACAAUCGCUUAGUCUUAUUGCUAGAGUUUAGAACUUCCUUAGUAGAACGAUAUAUAGCUCCUCAGCAAGUGCCAGUUCAAUAUGGAGGACUUAGCAGAGAGGGUGAACAGGAAUUCACCACUGCUGACCCUGCUACAGAGGUUAUUAUCAAACCAGCAACAAAACAUGCUGUUGAGUUCCCAAUUUCUGAGAAAAGCACCUUGGUAUGGGAAAUCAGAGUGGUGGACUGGAAUGUGAGCUAUGGAGCAGAAUUUGUGCCUAGUGCUGAAGAUGGAUACACAGUGAUAGUACAGAAAAACAGGAAAAUCUCGCCAGCUGAUGAAAAAGUAAUCAACAACACCUUCAAAAUCGGUGAACCUGGCAAAGUUGUACUCACCAUUGAUAACCAAACAUCAAAGAAAAAGAAGCUUCUUUACAGGUCCAAGACCAUACCCAUCUCUGAGUAA